UUGACACACAGACAGGUACGGAAGCCUGGUGGGGACUGAAAGCAGAGACAGCGAUCCGGGCGGGACACGGAGGAAGCGAUCUCUUCAGACCGGGGAACAAGCAGCCUGUACUACUAGGAUUGCAAAUAUUGGAGCUGCAGCUUAGGGACUGCCGAGGGGGCAACCUAUAGGACUCCGGGGGACGGAGAACUCAGGAAAAUACCUCCAGGACCAUAUAAACACCUCCAGGACUGAGCAGGAAACAGCUGAGAACAUCUGUGGACUGCUUCCCAGGAGCAUUGUGAUAGAUCUGUGUGAGGGGAACCAUAAGAGCUCACAAUCAUCCCAUACACCCACACAUCCCAUAUAUACACAUCCCAUACACCCACACAUCCCAUAUAUACACCUCCCAUACACCUACACAUCUGAUACAUACAGAUCUCAUAUAUACACAUCCCAUACACCUACACAUCUGAUACAUACAGAUCUCAUAUAUACACAUCCCAUGCACCUACACAUCUGAUACAUACAGAUCUCAUACACCUACACUUCUGAUACAUACAGAUCUCAUACACCUACACAUCUGAUUCACCCAGACAUCUCAUAUAUACAGAUCUCAUAUAUACAGACUUCAUAUAUACAGAUCUCAUACACCUACAGAUCUGAUACAUACAGAUCUCAUAUAUACAUAUCUGAUACAUACAGAUCACAUACACCUACAGAUCUGAUACAUACAGACUUCAUAUAUACAGAUCUCAUACACCCAGACAUCCCAUAAAUACAGAUCUGAUACAUACAGACCUCAUACACAUACAGAUCUCAUACAGCCGGAGAUCUGAUUUAUAGACACAUAGCUGAUAAAUGGUGUGCAGUAGGGGGCUAUUGGGGGGCCAUAACUGCACCCUGACCCUUAUACGGACAAUGCCAUACUGAUGGGAUCUGAUUGGCGGCUGUAAUCAAUGUGGAUAAUACAAUCAGAUGAAGACAGAGCAUUGCUGAUCACUGACAUCUGAUAUGUGAAGAGGCUGGACAUAUGUGAAGCAGUUCCCUGGGUAAUACCAAUGCAAUGGGAUGACGUCCUAGACAUCCAAUAUAGGGAGUGGGCAGUGUGUUUGAUUUGAGCCUAUGUUGGCAUCUGAUGAGUUUCUACCCCCUUCUAGUGACUGUUGCCCUGAUGUAACCCAUGGAGAUUUCUGAUGUAGGGUGGGACUCGAUGUUGACAUUUAAAUUGGAGAAGAGAGGAACAUGACCUCGCAGUGUGCAUAGUCAGGAGCUCCAGUUAAAGGAAGUGGACACUGGGAGGAAGGUGAUUGCAGCACAGAGGAUGAUCAUCGUCUUUCAAGAAAAGUAGAAGCAGACAGUGAUUGGAAAAUCUACAUCUCACUGACGUCACGCUGCUUCUUGAAAUUAAAAGUUUUUUUUUUAUUUAAUUUUUUUUAGAUUUUUGGUAGUGGAAUCUGAAAAUAACAUUGUAUAUUCAUUUUGGUAUCCUGAGGGCCAAAUCUCAUUACCGUUGUUAGGUCAUUGCUUGUGCUCGCCUCUGUUACUCUGCUGCAUCAUCUGUUCAACAUCUCGCCUCCUCAUUCCAGUGUAUGGCUUUCAUGAUGAUGAAAAAAAAGAAAUUCAAGUUUCGGGUGGAUUUUGAGUUGGAUGAACUGUCUUCUGUUCCUUUUGUUAAUGGGAUCUUGUUCUGCAAAAUCCGACUUCAGGAUGGUGGCAGCUUCAGUGUGGAAUCAAGCAGGGAGGUUGUCCAAGCUAACAGCGUCCAUUGGAAGAAAAAGUUCUCUUUUAUGUGCAAGAUGAGUGCAAGUGCUGCCUCAGGGAUCUUGGAUACAUGUUUCUGCAGGGUGUCUGUCCGUAAGGAGCUGAAAGGUGGGAAAGCUUAUGCCAAGCUUGGCUUUGCAGAUCUCAACCUUGCAGAGUUUGCUGGGUCUGGCAAUACAAUCCGUCGAUGUCUCCUAGAGGGAUAUGACACAAAGAAUACCCGGCAGGAUAAUUCUAUUUUAAAGGUUGGAAUCAGCAUGCAACUCAUGUCUGGGGACCCCUGCUUCAAAACACCACCUUCCACUGCCACUUCAAUUGUAGUUUCUGGAGAUCCAGACUAUCUGCAGGAAGACCGUAAAGGGCGAGAGACAAUGAAACUGCAUCUGGGAGUUGCUGACCUUUCAUCAAAGAGUGCUUCUGUCCCUGAGGAACUGGGAGCAUGUGGACAUUCCAGGACCUCAAGUUAUGCCAGUCAGCAGUCCAAGGCAUCAGGAUACAGCACGGGGCAUUCACGGUCUUCCAGUUUAUCUGAGUUAAGCCAUCGGAGGAACACAUCUGUGGGCAGUGCUUCUACCGGGAUUGGGAGUAUUCCAGAGCCAAAUGAGGAUGACGGCACCAAAGUUGUUGCAUUCAGCCCGGAAAUUACAGAGGAGGGUUCAUCCUCUGAAAAACUAAACAGAUCUUAUCAAACUACAGAAAGAACUUGCAUAUUUUCAUCUGCUCCAAAAAGAUUUUACAAUCCCAGGAUCCCAGUGAAACAAGACUCUGUUGAGUCACAGUUAAAACGAGUGGAUGCCACCCGUGUUGAUGCAGACGAUGUAGUGGAAACAAUUCUUCAAAGCCAGGACUUCUCUCUUGACUCAAGUGCUGAAGAGGAAGGUCUGAGACUUUUUGUGGGUCCUGGAGGGAGCACCGCCCUUGGAAGUCAGCAUCUGCCGCAUAGGGUCGGCGCUGGAGCUUAUGAACAGGUUGUAAUCAAACGCUGAGAGGUCUUCAAAGCUUGACUGGUUCUGUGCAGAUUAUUCCUAUGAUCCCAGACCAGACGGUUCAGUACUCAAAGGACUUCUUGUGGAACAUUUUGUUACUUGGAUCAAGUAAUCAAGAGUGCUGUCCUCCAGAAGUUCGUGGAUUGGUCUUUUUUUUAAUCAUGUAUUACUAUAGACGUUACAAAUGUCCAGUGUAUGAGGUCAAAACACAGGUCAGCGCAAGUAACUGUGCAACGCGGCUUUCAGUGUCUGUCAAAAUACCACCCGCAAUGUCAGCUUAUUCCACCUGACUUACUGUAAUGUUGUGUGAAUGUUGACUUAGAGGAACAAAUUACUGCAUCUGUGUGCUAAUUUAAAAUGAAUGUCAUCUACAAGAGCUUUAAUGGCACAGCUUUGUUCAGCAGAUGCAAAACGUAAGCAUUGUUUAGCUGGAAGUUGGGUUUUGGCUACACAAGUUGUAGGGUCUGUAGAAGCAUGAGCAUUAUUGUUACAAUACAAUUUUAGUUUAAGUGAUUGCAGGCUUGGCCACUAUCCUUAACCCUAAUACUACAGGAUCAUAGGAAGCUCUGACAAUCACUUCAUAUGUCUAGUGUGGCUGAGGUAGGUAGGGCUAUAAUAAGCAGUACAAUAGGUUGGUAUAUACGGCUUAAAGUAUCCAAAAUGCUUAUAAUACACAGAAUUAGGUUAACAUAUAAACACCUUGUAUGCCUUCAUGUGAAUAUUAUAGGAAUUGAUUUUUUUUUUUUAUGGUGAACAAAAUCACAGUUGCCUGAGUUUUACAAAUGCAAAAUGAUUGAAAAUUAGACCAUCUGUAAUUUUUUUUUUUUUUUUUCUAAGAAGUGGUUGCCUUCAUAUAUGGAAAGAGAAUAGGCUCUAUUUUCCUACAUAGAUAUUUUUUACCUGCCUUCCUUUUUGGUUAUAAAAAUAUAUUACCCAUUAUAGCUUACUCAGAGAAAGCAUUCAGGAUUAAGUUGUGAAAUGCGCAGCUUUAUUAUUUUAUGGCAAUAAACAAAAUGAGUAUGGAGCUCAAAACAUGGAGUAACUAUAAAGCAUAAACCCAAUAAAUCAUGGCAUACAUAUUUUCUCCAGUGUAAUGUAGUUACACCAGUACAAAGCCGUUCUGUGAUUGGUUGCUGUGGGCUGCCCCCCUAAAGGUUUUUGCUCAUGUUACUAAAUAAAGCCUUAAGUGUUUUAUAAUGCACUGAUUGUUGCAUACAUUACAUAAGUACCUUGUUGGCAUAGAGUGGCCAACCCUGUGUGCUUCCUGGUUUUGGUUUGGUAAAAAUGUCACUGCAAUAAUUAGAAUUAACAAUGAUUGCAAUAUACUUGUAGCCAUACUAUACCCCAGCUGCUACCGAUUACAAUCUUGUAUACAAUUGAAUUUCCAUUUUGGGUGAAGUGCUUGUAGCAGCUGGAAUUUCUGAACUCAUUCCUAGGGCAAUACAUGGCUUUCUUUGUGCAUCUUAUUUUUUCCCCCGAGAGCCUUCAAUUGGAUUUCUAAGUUACUCAACUGGAACCGAUUAUAAUCAGUGUGUAAACAUAUAAAAAGUAAUAACUUUUCUAUUAGCCAUAUGUUUUUAAAGCAUAAACAUAGCAACUAAGUCAUUCUUCUGGUACAGGUAAAUAAAUAAAAAAAGCCAGGAGCCGUGUAACUGGUUGCGAAGGAC